AUGGCGCGGCUGGCGCAGCAUGAAGCGGCAGCUACUGGCUCUUGCAGGUGGGACAUCACUAGCCCUUGCAGAAGAGCAUCGCCGCCACCAGUGUCCACCACUGUUGCGGCCUCGAAAGCAGCUGCUGAAAUGCUGUGGGCUCAGUCCUUUGUGAUGUGGAAAGGGCUGGAGGUUUACCGAGAGGUGCCAACGAGUCCAUUGCAGGGGCCCAAGAUCCAUUUGUUAAGCCCGGCAACGCCAGAGCUUUGCGAAGAAUACGCCGCCUUCAUUUUGGCUAUCAAUUCAGCCUAUGCCGCCGGCUUCGGGCACCGCUUCAGCCACUUUUUGAUGGUGUGGGGCUGCAAGGAACCGGAUGCAUGGGAACCCGAUCCAGAUGAUUUUAUCAUCGCGACCAUUGCCCUAAAGCUGGAUAUGACUGGGUUUCCGAGGGGUCCUCAGAAUGCCAACCCUUUCUGGAGUGAAAGGGUCAGGGACGACAUGGCGCUUCGAGCCCUGCGACCAAGUUUUUUGCCACCAACUUCUGAUUCUGAAGAACUAGUUCCUGUGGAGGGGGCUAGGGCAGCGGAUGCUCUUCAGUUGUCAGCUCUGAGAAUGGUAGAAACUGAUGGAAGUAUGGGAGUGAAUCCGGGUGUUUCUUCUUUCAUGCAAGGAGCGGUCCCUUCUUUUGAAUCUUCAAACUAUCGACAAGACAUAGCCACUGUUUUGCGAGUCAUACUGUCUCAGAAUCAGGAACUUGCUCGGGAGGUUGCGAGGCUGAGGAGGCAGGUAGAAGAGGGUUCAGGUGUGAUGGAAGGGAGGUCAGGUGGGUUGACAGCGAGUGAGGGAAGGCGACAGAUUCAAGAAGGAGCCCAUCAAGAACGUUUUAGGGCUCUUGAGGGUCUGACGGAGAAUCCAAAGGGUCCAGGAGCACCGGGCGAUGCAUCCUUUGUUGGAGCCCUGGUUGAGGUGGAGGCUGUGACUGGAGGAGAGUCGCGGCCGUGCCCUCCUAGGAAGACCGGUGAUCUGGUGGAGCAGAGCCUGGCGGUGACAUCUGCUACUUCAUCAUCCUUGGGUCCAUCAGCACAACUCCAAUCCCUGGUUGAGGUGGAGGCUGUGACUGGAGGAGAGUCGCGGCCAUGCCCUCCCAGGAAGACCGCUCCGGCGGUAGGGGAGAGCCUUGUGGUGUCUGGAGUUAUUGCACCCUUGGCCCCCACAAACCAACUCCAAUCCCUGGUUGAGGUGGAGGCUGUGACUGGAGGAGAGUCGCGGCCAUGCCCUCCCAGGAAGACCGCUGUUGCGGUAGGGGAGAGCCUCGUGGUGCCUGAUGGUAUUGCACCCUUGGCCCCCGCAAGUCAACUUCAAUUCCUGGCUGCAGCGCCGGCUGUGACUGGAGGAGAGUCGCGGCCUGGCGAUCCCAGGGCCCUGGUUGAGGUAGAGGCUGUGGCUGGAGGAGAGCCGCGGCCAUGCCCUCCCAGGAGGACUGGUUAUCCGGUAGGGGCGAGCCUUGAGGUGACUGCUGGAGCACCCCUGGCCCCCAAAGAUCUGGAUUUGCUGAUGAGACAGCGGAGCUUGCACCCUGAAAUCAAUCUCCUGGCUGCAACGCCGCCUGUGGUGAAUGGAGUGACUUCACCCUUGGCCCCCAUUGGCAUUCCAAUACAGCGAGAAGUUCAACCACCUGUGAGCUCAGCUUCACCGGAGUUGCACUAUGGCAUCUAUGGUCAACGGAAUGGAUGUGUUGGGCCUUCUGUUUCCCCGUUGAUUGGGGGACUGAAUCCAACGAGGAGCGCUCCCCAUGUGGAUCUUCUGUCUGGGGGUCCAUGGGGUGGGAAUGGAGGAGGAAGGGAGGCUGAUCAAACUGGUCUUCCAUCUUGGCUGAGAUCUUUGGCCACCACGCAGGAGACUAUAAGAACAGUGGAGUUGACCAAGCUCCCUGAGAUCAAGGAGGGCGAACUUGGAUCUUUGGUUGUGGGCGAUUGGAUUGCUUUGAUCAGCCCAACGAUGCGGGAUUUGAGAGUGGUGGGACGCAGUGCUCAGAGUCAAUCUAUGAUGUUAGCUGCCUUGCCGGAAAUGCUAAAAGCGGAGAUGUUGGCCAAUCGGGCGACUUCCACUGUUGAGGUUCUUUUCCGCAUCUUCACCCGUUAUCAACCUGGUGGACUUGGUGAACGAGCUCUUCUGCUACGACAGUUAGUGGAGGGCAAGCAGUUUGCCACGGUUGGAGAAAUGAUGGAACAUCUGAGGGGGUGGAAGAGGUGGCUGCGCCGAGCGGUGGAGCUUCAGAUUGCCAUCCCAGAUCCAACUUUGCUGGUUGGAGCGCUGGAGAAAAUGGGCACGACACUGACCCAUCAAUCUGCACAGGCCUCUUUCAGGUUGAGCUCUGCAAGAGUCCUCUUACAGAUUGACGUGAACCCUACGGUGCAAGGUGUCACCAGCUAUGCCGAUGUGCUCUUGGCUGAGGCAGAGUCGGCGUUCCAUGGUGUGACCCAGCAAACCACUGCCAAGGUGAAAUCUGUUGAGGUCAGUCCAACACCGAAGGCUGGAGGAACAGGUCUUGGAGCCACCCCUGAAGGGAAAAAGCCGACCCCGUCAUCCAAUACAACCACCAAACAGGUCCCUUGCAAGUACUUUUCUUCAGAGGAAGGAUGCAAGAAGGGAUCUGAGUGCACUUUCAAACAUGAUUGGAGUGCGGUUGAGAAGUCUGGGAGGUGUUACAACUGCGGAUCAACUCAACACACCAAGAAGGAUUGUGGGGUGAAGGCGAGGAAGCCUGGAGAUGCAGGGAAAUCAAUAAAGGCGGUGUCUGGGGAAAGGCCAGGAGGUGGGCCUAAGGCAUCUGAAGAUGGAAAAGGAAAAGGGAAGGAGGCAUUGGCACCCUCCAUCAAGAAAGAAGCCAAGGUCGAGGAUUCCACAGGAACAGAGAAGACGGCAGGAGCGCCGAAGAAGGAGGAGGAUCCAGUCAAGGAACUGGUACAGGAGGCUGCUGGACUUUUACGUUCUCUACGGGGAUCUGCGUUGAAGAAGGUUCAGGAAGAGUUGGGUCUAGAGUUGAUCCAAGAGAUUGAGAAGGAGAUGAUUCGACAGAAGGCACGGCUGAACAUCUUGAGAGGUGACGAGCUGGCAGUUGACCAUGAGGAUCUAGUUGGAAAGGAGAUGGUGGAGUUUUUGAAGAGGUUGAAGGAGGUUUUUCCGUCCACUCCGGAGGAGGUUUUGGAAAGGAUCCCAGCGAAGUCAGGCUGGAAAGGAGAGACUCUUCCUUGGAAUAGGCGCAUCCGACGUCGCUUGAGGUGUGCCAGGGAGAUUGUCAUUCAUCUCUUUUCUGGUGAAGAUCCCGUGUUUUGGGAAAAAGAGCUCGCUGCCCCUGGACGUGAAGUGCUCUGCCUUGAUCUGGCUAUCCACAAGGACCAAGAUCUGAGAAGGGAUGCCGUGAUGGCAUACCUCCAAUAUCUGUGUCAACUCGGCACUGUGGUCGCUGUCCUUGGAGGACCACCUUGUCGAAGUGUCAGUCGACUUCGACACACUCAACCAGGGCCGCCGCCUUUGAGAUCAAGGUUUGGCGUGGAGCGUUUUGGGUUUGACCACUUGGAGCCGUGGUUGCAAAGGCGAGUUGACGAGGACACCAACCUAUGGAUGAGGCAGUUGUUCCUCUACAUGCUCGCUCAGGGCGCCUCAGAGCGACAGGUUGCCUUUGUGAAAGAAUCACCACAAGAUCCGGAGACCUAUGCUCCAACUCUUGAUGGUCAGGCGCCAGUGCCAUCGUUCUGGGCUUUUGAGGAGUGGGAUCAGUUCAAGCAGGUUUACAACAUGAAGGAAGUCUCAUUUGAUCAAGGCCCAAUGGGACAUGAGAGGAGGAAGCCUACAACGUUGGGAACCAAUGUGGUUUGGUUAGAGGAGCUUCAAGGGAUGCGAGGUCCAGGCCGAUCUGCGGGUUCUCAUGGGGCUGGUGUUGAGGAGAGGAUUACCGCCUCCAGGUCCUGGGCGUCAUGGGCACCAGGUCUCAAGAGGGCUCUGGUUGUCGCACUGAGGAGUUGGAUCGGAGAUCCCAGGCUGCAGAAGAUGUCUUUGGCUGAAUGGAAGGCUCACUUGCAGAAUGACCAUCUUCCAUUCCGCAAGGAAUGUCAGACCUGCCUACGUUCAGCGGGAAAGGGCAGGUAUCACCGAAAGAUUGUCUCACGUGAAGCUUUGUCUCUCUCCAUUGACCUUGCCGGUCCCUUCGUCAAAGGAAUAGACCAGGGGGCUGCAGACAAGCAGGCCCAAGCCAAGUACUUUCUUGCCGGCACCUUCACUGUGCCAGUCACCAAAGAAGGGAGAAGCGUGAUGCGUGGAGAACCGGAGGUUGAGGAUGCAGAGGCAGGCGCGGAGGCUAUCCAACAGGAGGGUGAGGAGAAAGGUGUGGAAGGUGAGUCCCAAGAAGAGCCACCAAAGGAUGAUGAGGAGGAGUGGUUGAAGAAAAUAGAGGAGGAGGAAGGUUUUGAGAUCAGACACCUCACUCUUCUGGAGCCACUCGAAAAUCGACGAGCUACCAACCUCGUCCAAGCUGUGGCCCGCAUGACCACCAAGCUGAAAUAUCUUGGACUUCCAGUACGACGUCUUCAUUCAGACCGGGCUGGUGAGCUCACGUCCACCCAGUUACGACGUUGGUGUGAGGAGCGUGGAAUCUACAGGACAUACACCGACGGGGAUGGAUGGAAGUCGAACGGUCGUGUGGAGAGCGAGAUUGCCGUUCUCAAGAGGGGCAUCAAAACCCUUCUUGACAGUGCUGGGCUUGAUGUUAAGUUUUGGCCCCUAGCUGCCAGGCACUAUGCAGAGCGACGAUGGCGGAUGCAGCUUCAAGCUAUGUGCUACCCGGUGGAAUCGUUGAAGGUGUUUGGAAGUUCAGGUUGGGCCAAGAUCAAGAGGUGGGAGGAUCAAGGGAACGCGUGGAGGCUGUCGAGGAAACAGGAUGAUGCCUUGCCGGAGUUGGUGGAGCCAGGGAGAGACCCUGCUGAGGCUGGGGGGAGGUCAAGGAGGAGGAUCUCAGGAAAGAAGAGUCCAGAGGAGAUAGCCGCCCGGAAGCUUCAGCUGGAGGAGGAAGUUUUUGAAGGUCGGGAGUUGGAAAGGGGGGAGUUCCAGCGUUUAGGUAACAUGGAGGAAGGUUGGGAGGUAGUUUACCAAAAUGCUUUGGAGCUCACUCAGGAAAAUCUCAGCCUAGAGGAUGAACUGAGAUGGUUGGAGAGACUUGAGGUUGAACAAAAGAUAGAAGACGUGUCAGAGGCCGCAGCACAAGAAGAGGCAGUGUUGCAGACCAAAACCAUUCCUCUAACAGAAGUCAGGAGAGAUCUGACGCGGUGGAGAGGAGCCAUACAGGAGGAAUAUGACUCUCUCACCAAGACUGGCUCUCUUCGUCCCAUUUCAUCCCAAGAGGCUGAGGAGUUGCGAUGUAUGGCGGAACAGAAGGGCAUUCCCUAUGACCGUUUGCCUGGGAAGGCUGUUUUCACCAAGAAGGCGCCUAGCGGCAAGCUGAAGUGUCGAGGAGUCGCCUGUGGGAAUUUCAUGGCGGAUCGUCCCGCUUCUGAAACCUAUGCUGGUGGCAUAGAUGCCACUCAGGUGCGAUCAGUGCUUUGUGCAGCGGUUCAACGUUCUUGGUGCAUUGCAGGAACAGAUAUAAAGACUGCUUUUCUCCAAGUACCCGCUGGAAGAGACAAGGAUGUCAUCAUCAUCCAGCCCCCUGCCAUCUUUGCUGAGGCCGGCGUCAUCAGCCCUCAAGAGCUUUGGCAUGUGAAUGGAAACAUUUACGGUCUGACUACCUCUCCUCGAGAUUGGUCAGACCAUCGUGACGUGGUCCUGAAGUCUCUAGAGUGGCAUUCAGAAGGGAAGAGAUGUUGGCUUCAAAAGACUAGAGAGGAGAAUUUGUGGAGGAUCAAGUGUUGUCAAGGUGAAGCUGAUCAGACAGUGGGUCAUCUGGCCGUCUACAUUGACGAUUUGCUGGCGACGGGAGAGAAGGAGGUUUUGAAGCCCUUUUUUGAUCGUGUUCGUCAAGAGUGGACCAUCAGUGAGCCUGACUGGUGUGAGGAAGAUUCCACUUUGAUAUUUUGUGGGUUGGAGGUUGAUCGAAAAGGUGAGGGAAUUUUGAUUCAUCAAGAAUCAUACAUCAGAGAUCUUCUCCAUCGACAUGGAACACAAGGAAGUUCCACUAUGAGUACAGUAGCUGUCCCCGAAGAUGAGGGAGAGCCUUGUCCUAGUGACGUCAAAAGAGCACAGAUCGUCACGGGUGAGUUAUUAUGGGUGGCAACUCGAUCCCGUCCUGAGAUCUCCUUUCCAGUAGCUCUGAUGUGUCAAUGGGCAGUGAGGAGACCAAAGGGAACUAUCCGUAUUGGAGAGGAAGUACGGAAGUAUCUCAAUAGCACGAAAGGAGAAGGUUUGUUUUAUCAGCCCUUGAAGGAUGGCGAUCAUGGAAAGACUGGACAUCACCAGCGUGAAAGAAAGAGAGAAGUGGUGGAGGUCUACUGCGAUGCCUCUUUUGGCUCCCAGGAGUACAAAUCCACUAGCGGCUUCGCGGCUUUCUAUGCAGGGUGCCCAGUUUUUUGGCUGACUGUUCGUCAGCCCUUCAUAGCGCUUUCAACCGCAGAAGCAGAGUUGCUGUCACUGAUGGAUGGAGUUGCCGCCACGAGAGGAGUCUCCAGUUUAGUUGAGGAACUGGAGGAGAAGGGAGGGGAAAAAAGACUCUUCAGCGAUUCAACUAUCUCCAUUGUGAAUGGCAGCUCUGGCAGCUGGCGCACGAGACAUUUGCGUCUUAGAGCCAGCGCCCUCACAGAAGCAGUGCGCAACAAGGAGUUUCUGCUGCAGCACUAUCCAGGUGAGAAGAAUGCUGAAGGAGGUGUAGUCAGAAAGUUAUUACGACUGGAUGGUGAGAAGGCAGAGAAGGUAGCAGCAGCAUUGGUUGGGUUGGGAAGUCUUGCCAAUCUACCAGUCGCAGAAGCAGUAGAUUCAAAGGCGUCUGAGGAAGGGUGGGAUUGGUUUCCACUCAUACUUCUGGGUCUUGCGAUGUGUCUUGUCAAGCUGGUGGAGGUCAUCGGGAGAGAAGGUUGGAGGAUGAUCAGAGGAAGAGAUGACAUUCAGGUAGAGAGGCUCAGGGGACAGGCCCAGUUGCCGAGGAGGACGGAGGAGAAAGAGGGUGGAUGGUGCAUCUAUCCCUGCGAGGAGAAGGUUGUCAAUCCAGGUGAGCAUGCGCUGGUGAGGACGGGGCUGAGGAUCCGGGUGCCACGUUCCACACAGGGAAGGUUCACCACUUGUCUGGAUGUCUUGAGGAAGGGUGGAGAGGUCGGAGAAGGAAUCAUUUCUCCAGAUUUUGGGGAGGAGGUCAAGAUUUUGCUGAAGAAUUCCAGCCAAGAGCCUUUUACUGUUGGCCCUGGAACUGUGGUGGCGCAUCUUCAGGUGUUUCAAUGUGUGAAGGCUGAGGUCAAGGAGGUGCCUCGAUCAGUGAACUGGGGCCUGAGUGCCCUGUCCUAUGGCAACAUCGAUGGAGGGGCUCUCCACCUUCUGGAAGGAUGUUCAGGUUGGGCCCAAGGAAGACGUCUGACUCUCCGCAUGGCCAAGUUUUUGUUCCGGACAGGUGAUGGAGUUGCUACCUCCAGGUCGCGGAACGGCUGGCCUAUGGCUUGGUACUGCGAGGGCUGCGGCAACUUGGACGUGCUUAGCCUUGGGGAUUUGGGGAUGUUGGGGAAAAUCUUCUCUACUGCGGGAGGCUUUUUGGACAGUGAACCCGGGGAGGCAGCGUGGUACGUUCACACGCAACUGGAUGCCGUCUUCUGGGGGAUCAGCAAAAGUCAGUUCAAAGACUUCCUGGGCAUGGUGCGCAGAUCCAUUAGUGAAGGGAGCAUCUCGAAUCCCAGUAAGGAGAGGGGCUUCAAGCAUUAUUCUGACUGGAAAUUUUCAAAUUCACGGAUCGGGCCCAAUAUGCACCAUGUGAACUCUGGCCUCAUCCGACCAUAUACUGAAGGGCCGGACAGCAGCCAUGGUAUCUGUGGGCUGAGCUACGCGUUGAAGGAGAACAGCAAGACAGCUGGCCUCAGGUGUGACUUGUUCAUCUCACACGCUUGGGAUGAAGGUGUCUUCGAUUUGGAAGAGAACUUGAUGAAGUCAUGGCCCCAAAGUUGCAGCACGGCAUACUUUUGCUGCUUAUCCAACCCGCAGAACCAACCUCAACUUAUCAGACACCUUCUUCUUACCUUGGAGGCGUCUCCAUUUUAUCAAGUCUUGAAGGCCGAGCCGAAGCAAAUGCUACUGUUGUCCAACCUCAAUACACCUAUCCACAGUAGAUUGUGGUGUGUCUUCGAGGCCCAUUGUGCAUAUGAAAUGGACAUUCAGGUGAAAUUGGCAGGGCCAGCAGAGGGCUUGAUCACAAAUCCCAAGCGCCUGGCAUGUUUGAAUUGUUUCCUGCAAAUGAUUUCAGUAUUGAGUGGCCCCUUCUUCCUCUUCAGUGGUUUGGCUCCAAUUAUUUUCGGCGUGCUCUUCUUGGCUUCACUGCCUUCUUGGAACGAAGAUACUGGACUUUAUGCUCUGCAAUUUGUGGGCAGCCUGGUCCUGGUCUGUGGCACUUGUUUCGGCUGCAAGGCAUUGAAUUCGAUUCGAAAUGACGCAGCAUCCUAUAGCUUGGACAUCAGGAGAGCCAGGUGCACUGAUGACAAAGACAGGAAGAUGCUCAGGGCCGAGAUGAGAGGAAAGGAGCAGGCCAUCAACGCGAAGAUUCGUCGCCUCAUCGCAGAGAGUGGUUUGAUUGCUGACCUUCGAAUUGGUGGACGUGGCAGGAGGCGACCGCCAAUCAUGGCAUCGCCAAUCAUCGCCCUGGGUGCGCGUGCCAACCUGGCGGAGCUGCUGAGAUGCCUCAGACGCCUCAGGAUGCCUCAGACGACCGCAGGAG